UGUGCUCGCAGCUGGAUGACACCUUGUGCAGUUUCGUUCACAGUACUGGAGUUCUACUUUUACCACAGAUAUCCAGAAGGUUCCUGCGGAGUUUUUUUUUGUCCCAGUCGGCUGCAGGUCUGGAUGGAAGGCUGAUGUUUCAGACGCUGACUCACCCACACUGGUCUACUUGAGCAUCCAGUCCGGAAAACAGCUCUGUGGAUGCCUUAAAUCAUGAGCGCACCGGGACCUCCAUCGAGGCAGGCCAAUGGAGUGGCCAGAUCGGACAGCAAGAUCAGCGCCAAGGCCCUCUACGAACAGCGGAAAAAGUACUCCAACUCCAACUUUAUCAUGCACGAGACGUCGCAGUAUCACGUCGAGCAUCUCUCCACGUUCAUCAUGGACAAGACAGAGUCCAUUAUCACGGUGGACGAUGCAAUCAAGAAACUGGUUCUUCUGGAAUCAAAAGGUAAAAUCUGGACACAGGAGAUGCUCCUGCAGGUCACUGACAAGGCGGUCAGGCUGCUGGAUUGUGAAACACAGGAAGAGUUGGAGAACUUCCCUCUCCCCACCAUCCACAUGUGUCAGACGGUGCUGAAUCAGUCACGCUACCCCUCAGUGCUGCUGCUCGUGUGUCAGGACAAGGACCAGCACAAACCCGACAUCCACUUUUUCCACUGUGACGAGGUGGAGGCUGAGAUGGUUCAUGCAGAUAUAGACAGUGCCCUUGGAGACAACAAGCAUGGAAGGAAAAUGAGGCUUCAGACUCUGAAGGUGAACCAGGAGAAAAUGAAGCGACACAGAGAAACGAUCCUCCCUCCCUCGGCCAACAAGGGCCCCGCUCCAACUCCGAAGGGACGGGUGGCAGCCGUGAACACUGUAGACGGACGAGCUCCUGGACAGCAGGACACAGAGUCACAUGAAAAACUGGCCCAGCGCAUUGAGAAGGAUGUGCAAGUCCUCAACUGUGCCCUGGAUGACAUCGAGAUCUUUGUGACGCGGGUGCAAAAGGCAGCGGAGGCCUUUUCCCAGCUCAACCAGCGCAACAAGAGUAAGAAGAAUAAGAAGAAAGGACCAGCAGAGGGCAUGCUGACCCUGCGAGCCAAGCCCCCCUCCGAAGCAGAGUUCAUUGAUAGCCUGCAGAAAUUGAAGCUGGCCUUCAACCUCGUGGCCAAACUGAAGAAACACAUACAGAACCCGAACUCAUCGGAGCUGGUUCAUUUCCUGUUUAACCCUCUGGAGCUGGUGCUGCAGAGCUGUGGGAGUCCUGAAUUGGCCCGUUCGAUCAUCUCUCCUCACCUGUCUCGCGACACUGUUGACUUCCUGCGGGGACACCUCACCCCGAAAGAGAUGACCAUCUUUGAGCUGCUCGGGGACGGAUGGACCAAACCCAGAGCUGAGUGGCCCGUGGAUCAGUGCGCUCCUCCCUAUUACCCCAAGUUUCGUAAUGGCUGGGAGCCGCCGGCGGAGCUUUUCAGGACGGCACCAUGGGAAACUGAAGGACCCUCUCAACAACUGAGGCUGCCCACCAGCCCUGAUUACAGGAAACACUCAGGGGAAGAGUUUUACGGAACUCAUUCCUCGAGCUCCUCAAAUGGGUCUUACAAUGGGAUGCCCCCAACCCGCAAAUACGCCAAAAUUCGCUACCACUUUGUAGCGCGGAAUGCCAACGAGUUGUCAGUGCUGCAGGAUGAAAUCCUCGAGGUGAUAGAGGAUGACAAGCAGUGGUGGAAGCUACGGAAUCGCAGCGGUCAGGCCGGCUACGUCCCGUUAAACAUGCUGGAUGUUGUGAAGAUAGAAGAGCCAGAUGGUUUGUUCAACCAGCAAGGCUAUGGGACGUCAUCUCCUGGGUCUGGGGGCCUUGGAGACAGCUUCAACAAAGGAAGACCCAAAGACAAAAUGAUGGAUGAGGUCAAUAAUGAACUGUUGAAGGUAAUCACUGCUAGCAAAAGCCAGCCGCCUACCAGGAAUUUCCGUAGGGAGCGACCAUCCGGCAUCCAAGUACCGCUCACCUCUAACUCAACCCCAGAGGACGUGACCACGUGGCUCAAUUCUAAAAAUUUCACUAAACCGACUGUUGAAUGUUUGGGGAUCCUGACUGGAGCCCAGCUAUUUUCCCUGAACAAAGAAGAACUGAAGGCGGUGUGUGGAGAGGAAGGCGGCCGUGUCUACUCUCAGGUCAUCGUGCAGAAAGAUCAGCUAGAGAAGAGCAGUGGAGACUCAGAGCUGAAGGAUAUCAUGGACCGGAGGAAGGCGAGGAUCGACUCCGGCAGCAAAGACUGAACCUAUUGAGCAACACGACCCAUCCAGAUGUUUCCCUCUCAGCAGACUCUGUAAUCAGUCUACUGUCAAUCAUCCUGCAGUAGAAAAUACUGAAUAUUGUAUAAGUUUUUAAUUGUAUAUUUAUUUUGUAUCAUCCAACACGUAUGUAAUCAAGUGUUUUCUUAACUGAUUAUGUUGCUUUUGUUUUCAAUGUCUCAUUAAAUGUUGUUGUUCAAGAGACUUCUGCUGAGGAGAGGAACAUGUGAGUUUAUGUACAGUUUGAUGUGUCUGCAUGACAUGCAUGUAACGUACAUACUUUGUACAACCAGUGCGGUCGAUGUUCAUGCUCGUUGUUAAUAUCGCGGCUGUUUACUAAAUUACUGGGUAAAUACGUAGAUCUUAGCUGUUGCAUAUCUAGAUCAGUGCCAGAAUGUUUGACACAUUUUCUGAUAUAUAGCCAAUUAUUUUCAUAUCACUAUUUACAGGAAACAUAAAUAAUAAACCAUGCUCUGUUACUUCUAGCAGGUAUCGUAUGUAAUUUCGUCUUGGUUGGUAAAUGCCAACCAGCAGUAAGUAUUAAAAUACGCACUCUUGCAGUUUAUAAUCAGAUUUCCGGUAUGCUGGUAAGCUUAGCACGCAAUAAUUCUGCAUGAAGUCAAUGUGAGUUGCUGUCGUUACUGUGUUUUUUGUAGCAAUAUGAACAGCACAGACAGGAAGCAGGAAAUAUGUUGUGAAAAAUUAAAUGAAGAUUCAGAGGAAACAUUUAAAGGGUUGUAAAUAUUUCGGGAUGCAAUGUUUAAAAAGAUCACAAUUAAAAAGAAUAAACUUGGUAAAUAUUUUAUAACA